AAUUUGUACCAGUACAACCUUGAAAAAAUGCUUCACAUUGGACAUAUAUCAUCAUCACAUUAAAACUGAAAAAAGUGUGUGGGCUGCAUGGAUGUGUGUGUGUGUGUGUGUGUGUGUGAAGCUUUCUCUCUCUCUCCCCCUCUCCCUCUCUCUCUGCUGUAUGUCCGUGCAUCACUGCAGCAGCAGCAGCAGCAGCAACAGCAGCAGUGCACAGAAAGCCAGGAACUUAUUUCUUCUCCUUCUCCUCCUCUGUCUUUAAUUGCCACCAACAUCUUCACCUCUUUGACAUUAUUUUGAUUCGAAGUGAUGGAAGUCCGUGCUCCGUCACUUCUCCUCGUGCUCUCCUCUCUGUGUGUGUCUCUGGCGGCUCAGUGGGAGUUUGUGGACACUAAUGUCAUGGAUUUGGGGGAUGACAUCGACUACAAGGAUCCAUGUAAAGCUGCUGCCUUUCUGGGAGACAUUGCUCUGGAUGAAGACGACAUCCGCAUGUUUAAAGAUUUCCACAGCAGUGAUGGUGAAGAGCCCAAAGCCCAGAGCAAUCAAACAGACUCAGUGAGCAUUUCCACCUCCAACGAGACUAUCAGGAGUAAAAGAGCCGCCAACAAGAUUCUUCAUCGUCUGAAGAGAGCGGCCACAUCCAGACCUGAGCGAGUGUGGCCCGAUGGCAUCAUACCGUACGCAAUCAACGGGAAUUUCAGUGGCAGUCAGCGAGCCAUUUUCCGUCAGGCCAUGCGUCACUGGGAGAAACACACUUGUGUAACGUUCACAGAGAGGACGACUGAAGAAAGCUACAUUGUGUUCACGUACAGGCCAUGUGGGUGUUGCUCCUACGUGGGCAGGAGGGGUGGUGGCCCUCAGGCCAUCUCCAUUGGAAAGAACUGUGACAAGUUUGGCAUCGUGGUUCACGAACUCGGCCACGUGAUCGGUUUCUGGCACGAACACACGCGUCCGGACCGCGACGAGCACGUCAGGAUCAUCAGAGACAACAUCCAGCCAGGACAGGAGUACAACUUCCUGAAGAUGGAACCAGGCGAGGUUGACUCACUUGGGGAAGUGUACGACUUUGGGAGCAUCAUGCAUUACGCCAGGAAUACAUUUUCCAGAGGGAUCUUCUUAGACACAAUCUUGCCACGUUACGAAGUCAGUGGAGCCAGGCCAUCUAUUGGACAGAGGACCAGGCUUAGUGAAGGGGACAUUGCCCAGGCCCGCAAACUCUAUAAAUGUGCAAAGUGUGGGGACACCCUGCAGGAGAGUGCUGGAAACCUUUCCUCGCCUGGAUUCCCCAACGGUUACUCGGCUUACGCUCACUGUGUGUGGAGGAUUUCUGUCACUCCGGGAGAGAAGAUUGCGCUUAACUUCACGUCCAUGGAUCUCUUCAGGAGUCACCUGUGCUGGUACGACCACGUGGAGGUGCGAGACGGGUUCUGGAGAAAAGCUCCAUUAAAAGGUCGUUUCUGUGGAGACACACUUCCUGAGUCAGUCGUCUCCACUGACAGUCAACUGUGGAUUGAGUUCAGAAGCAGCAGCAGCUGGGUGGGCAAAGGCUUUUCAGCGGUUUAUGAAGCCAUAUGUGGGGGAGAGGUGAAGCGGGACAGUGGCCAGAUCCAGUCUCCCAAUUAUCCCGAUGACUACCAGUCCAACAAAGUGUGUGUGUGGAAAAUCACAGUGGAAGAGGGUUUCAAUGUUGGCCUCUCAUUUCAGUCAUUUGAGACCGAGCAGCAUGACAGCUGUGCCUACGACUAUGUGGAGUUGAGGGACGGGAGUUCAGAGAACAGCCCGCUGCUCGGCCGCUUCUGUGGCUAUGACAAGCCGGACGACGUCAAAAGCAGCUCCAACCACCUCUGGCUGAAAUUUGUAUCUGACAGAUCUGUCAAUAAAGCCGGGUUUGCGGCCAACUUUUUUAAAGAGAUGGACGAGUGCUCCAGACCUGACAAUGCUCACUGCGAGCAGCGCUGCCUGAACACACUGGGCAGCUACAGGUGUGCAUGCGACCCUGGAUAUGAGCUGGCAGCUGACAGACGCAGCUGUGAGACAGCUGCCUGUGGCGGGUUCAUUACCAUGCUGAAUGGCUCGCUCACCACCCCAGGCUGGCCUAAAGAAUACCCACCCAACAAGAACUGCGUGUGGCAGCUGGUGGCGCCCAUCCAGUACCACAUCACUCUGGUAUUUGAUUUGUUUGAGACUGAAGGGAAUGAUGUGUGUAAAUAUGACUAUGUGGAGGUGCGAAGUGGGUUGAGCUCAGACUCAAAGCUUCAUGGGAAGUUCUGUGGAGCACAGAAACCGGAAGUCAUCACCUCCCUGCAAAACAACAUGAGGAUUGAGUUCAAGUCAGACAACACAGUGUCCAAGAAGGGCUUCAAGGCUCACUUCUUCUCUGAUUUAGACGAGUGCUCCAAAGACAACGGGGGUUGCCAGCAUGAGUGUGUGAACACCUUCGGGAGCUACAGCUGUCAGUGCCGCAGCGGCUUCAUGCUACACGAUAACAAGCACGACUGCAAGGAAGCUGGAUGUGAUCAUGUUGUAAACAGUGUGUCGGGUGUAAUCAGCAGCCCCAACUGGCCUGACAAAUAUCCCAGUAAGAAGGCCUGCACCUGGUCUCUGUCCACGACCCCGGGCCAUCGAAUCAAACUUGUUUUCAAUGAGGUCGACAUGGAGGCUCAUCUAGAGUGUGCUUAUGAUCAUCUGGAAAUCUACGAUGGCCAAGACGCCCGUGCACCGAGCUUUGGACGCUUCUGUGGCUCCAAGAAGCCGGCGCCGGUCAUUUCUAGUGGCAACACAAUGUUCCUGCGCUUUUUCUCAGAUAAUUCCGUACAGAAGAGAGGCUUUGAGGUCUCAUACAGUGCAGGAUGCGGAGGAAGCCUGAAAGCCGAGGUCAAGACAAAAGAUCUCUACUCUCAUGCACAGUUUGGAGAUAACAACUAUCCUGGUGGCUCUGACUGCCUGUGGGUGGUCACUGCUGAGAAAGGGUACGGAGUGGAGAUCAUCUUCCAAGUGUUCGAGAUCGAGGAGGAGGCAGACUGCGGGUACGAUUACGUGGAGCUGUAUGACGGCGCUGACAUCAAGUCUCCGAGGCUGGGACGAUACUGUGGCUCUGGGGUUCCAGAAGAGGUCCACUCAGCCGGAGACGCCAUUGUUUUAAAGUUUCACUCAGACGACAGCGUCAAUAAGAAGGGCUUUCAUGUACGCUACACGAGCACAAAGUUCCAGGACACGUUACAUGCAAGCAAGUGACUCGCUCAAACUACCCCCAAAAACCUAAAUGGAGACUUCACCCCUAACAUUUGGGCGUACACACCCUUCUCCAGACGAGGAGUGAAUGCACGGACUGAUACCACAAAACCGACACACAUACUUCACAUUCACAUCUGCUAGAGAGCGAGUGAGUGAGUGAGAGAGAGUUUUUUUUUUUACUCUCCCUCAUUAUGUAGCUUCGCGAGGAUGAACACAUCCGUUUAAAGAGGUUGUUUUUCGUCCAGUGUAGUCACAGUUGUAACACUGUGCUGAGAUACAAAAUGUAUAUAUUGUGAUAUCGUUUGCUUUGUUCGUUAACCACGAGUCCAACCGUGUCUGCGGUUGAGAGAAGUUGAUCAUUUCUGAAGAGCGGAAUGUUCUUUGAUACUUUACAAAUGUGCAGAAUGAUAAUUAUCACAAAUGCAAAGUCUAAUCUCUUUUAAAAGCUUUACCGGCCUCUCGUGUACUUCUCACUGACUUUUUGCUGCAGAUCGUUUUUUUUUAUUCCUCUUGCAGAAACAUUAACAUUCCCUCAUUCCCUCCCAACAUUUUUUAAAAACCACUAUUGUGUGUGUUUUUUUGUUUUUUUUUACUUUUCCAUGCAACACAUGCUUUACCUCUGACUCUUGUUUCUGUGCUUAAAAUUCUCCUGCAGCACACAAAGUAGCAGCAGUUCACCACGAUCAUUCAUCAGCCUGGUCCAAUAGUUUUACCUUUACCUUUAUCUCUACAUUCUAAUGCUGAUAAAACCUCAAAAUCACACGUGUGGUUAUAUACUUUCGGCAAGAAG